UUCUCUGUCUAAUAUACCUUCCUCUCGUGUCCUACCCACCAAAAUUGUCUUCAUUUCUCUGCAAUUGCAAUCAUCACUUACUUCAUCCUUAGCUUUCCUUCCAAACAAUGAAUCCUCAACAAAACCCUGUAGAUCCUGACCACCCUCAACUCCCCACCAUCAAGAUCCACCACCCCUCCUCCCCUCGCCACCCCCACCCCCACCAUCCCGGCGCUACCCCUACCCCCACCGCCGGCGCUCGCCGCAAGAUUGGCGUGGCCGUCGACCUUUCCGACGAGAGUGCCUAUGCCGUCCGCUGGGCUGUCCAUCACUAUAUCCGUCCAGGGGAUGCUGUCAUCCUCCUACAUGUCAGCCCCACCUCCGUCCUUUUCGGUGCUGACUGGGGUCCACUUCCCCUCCCUAGCCCCACGCAAACCCCUACCUAUUCCUCACAGCCUGACUUCAAUAAAGACAAUUCAAAUUCAUCUCAUGAAGGGCACGGCAAUGACAAUAGCCAAAAACAGCAGCAGCUCGAGGAUGAUUUCGACGCCUUUGCGGCGUCCAAAGCGGGGGAUCUCGCGAAGCCGCUGAGGGAAGCACAGAUCCCUUAUAAGAUCCACAUUGUAAAGGACCAUGACAUGAAGGAGAGACUGUGUUUGGAGGUGGAGAGGUUAGGGUUGAGUGCAGUGAUUAUGGGGAGCAGAGGGUUUGGAGCAGCCAAACGAGGAAGCGAUGGGAGGUUGGGUAGUGUGAGUGAUUACUGUGUGCAUCAUUGCGUGUGUCCGGUGGUGGUGGUUAGAUAUCCAGAUGAUAAGGAAGCUGGUGGAAAUGGUGAAGGCGAGGCCGUAGUUAAUGUUAACGUCCCUAUUGAGGAGGAAGACGAGGAGGACGCCAAUCGCAAAGGUAACAUUGUUGGUCGUGUUAAUUGAUUCUGCAUGGAGAAGUGGGAAAAUUUUUCCUCAUAAUUGGUGGAAAGUGCAUAUUUAUGCCCUAAUAGAAAACUAAUGAAAGGAGUUUGAAUAAAUUGAUCAAGAAAAGUUGGACAAACACUCAAAGUGCUUCGUUGGAUGGUAGUCUUUGGUAUGGGUUUAUGCUGGGCUUGAUCAUGUAAAACGUGAAAUACUUGAGCAUGAAAUGAGCCUCAUCUUUUCCUUUUUUGUGGUUAAUUACUUAUAUGCCAUAGUUAUCCCAUUUGUUCAGUGAACCUUAUGGAGAGAAAUGAAUCUUAUAUUUUUGACGACUGACAAUAAGAGUACUAGAUCUGUGUUACUUAGCUACCACACCAUAAACAUUAUGUUGCUGUGAAUAGUUUUCUUUCUUCCACCUCCCUUUCUCUCUUUUCACGUCAGCAAAUAGAUUAAAUUUUAACUGUCGCAGACCUGAUUAUCUUUCAAUGCAUUUGGAACUGUAACUGAACCCUUUUGUAUACAAGUGAGUAGAAGCAAAUUUGCACUUUGUCAUUACUGGUUGAAAUAUUCUUAAUGGUGCUGUGGUGUUGCUCCUAAGAGUAACAGAGGGGUGUCCUUGGGGGAUAUCUAACCAGAUUGGGGAGUUUUAUUCUAUUCCGUUCAUCUUCUCUUUUUCUUCUUCUUCCUUUUUUUUUUUUUUUUUUUGGGAGUAUCACUAUUGAUACUUAGACCAUGAUGUCAAUCAAGAGUUUCUGGGUCCUGUUUAGUUAUUAAACACGCAUUCAACAUCAGCAUGUGAUAUGAGGCAUUUGCAUUUGAGACUUGGAAUAUUUGUCUAACUGGGCAGGCAGCUAGCUGGUUAACUAGUGAAGGAAUUCUAUGUGGAUAGGUCAUAGAUGAUAAAAGGUGAGGCCAAUUUGUUGAAACAAGUAAUGUGUGGAACAUCUUCAAGGAUUUCAUAUGUUAGUGUGUUAUAUUAACUGAGCAUUAAAUAGUGGUUUUACUGGAAUGUGAAAUGCAAUAGAAUAUGCUGUCAGGUGGGUAGUAGUACAAGUUCUUCUAAAAUUUAUCUUGUUCAUUGUGAUCCAGUGAGAUUGAUUUCAUUUUUUUAUUUUUUGUUCAUUAGGGGUUUUUAAAAAUUUGUUUGUCUUGCUGUAGGAUAGACGUAGGAUAAAGGGUAGUUUUAUUUGGCACUUUUGUCUGAUUUUUAAAGUUGGCAUCUGUGGUGUAAUUCCCUAACUGCUUUGUUGGAGAGUAUGUUUACCGCUGUUGCAACUAUUGUUAAUUGAUGCAUUUAAAAAAGUAUACCUGCAAUCUCUCUAGAAGUGCUCAGUCUCUAUUAUUCCCCUUUUAUCUAAUACUGUUGCGUAUUGAGUUCACUGUGAUCCCCAUGCUUGUCAACUCUGGUAAAAAGGAGAUAAAACUGUCAUAUGAUGUGUUGACUGUUCUUGUCUCCAUGAUUGUAAUAUUGUUGUUUGAUGGUGUGCUAUAUGUGGCACAGACUCGAGAAAGGCAAAUACUAUUUUGCCCUUUGCCUUGUCUCUUAUAAAUAAUAUAACUUUUAUUUAUGUAAAAUAAGGUCAUUGGCAUCUAAUUUUGUCCAAAAUCCAAAUCCUUGUCGGAGAUGCUGCCUCGGCAUUCCUUUUGGAAUAUUUUUUGAAACCUAUCUUAAGAGGCCUGCACCACUCUCUUUCCCGCAAACAAAACCAGAGAUUCUGAGGAGAGACAAACAAAACUAAGUCCCGUGAAAAUGAAAAACCCGAUGCGAAGGCUUGGCAUUCAUAUUUAUAUACAUUUGCAUGGUAAAUGACGUCAAUAUUUUCUUAUU